CCUGAAAUUACAGCGAUGAGAGGGUGCAAAAAGCGGGUUCUACCAGGUGCUGGUGCACUUAAUUUUACCGGGGAACCACUGGCGUAUCUAAAAAUGGCGUCUUGAUGAGCUGCGGCGAGGUCAAUAAAUGUGGAGCACUUCCUCCUCCCAACGCCCUGCUCCAUUCGAUGAAUUUCCACGCAGGAAUCUCCAAAUUCGUUGCUGUUGCUCUUCGUUUCGCUUCGGCUGGUCUCCGUUCAGGUGGAGAAUUGGUCUCGUUCGAGCGAAUCGAGACCCCAGGGAGGUGCAGGAGAGGAGUGGUUCCGCAUCUUUGUGUACGUGGGUUUGGGCCAAAGAUUGGGUUUUGAACGCAUAUCGAGCUUCAGAGGUGCAAAAGUGGGCGAUUUUGGGGACCAUUGAAUUGACGAGCUUGAGGCGUUUCAGCUUCGUGGUUGCGGCAUUCUUUCUUUUGGCGUGGUGAAGAACCCAUCUUGCUUUCGUCGUUACUGUAACCUUGGCAUUUGGUUUUGGUGUCGGAACAAUGUGUUUGAUUGCUCAACUAGAGAGAACGCAAACCAAAUCCAGAAUCCACGCCGAUCCCUCCCUCCACCAGGACCAUUUCGACCGGAUUCCGGACUCACUGGUGCUGCUCAUCUUCAACAAGCUCGCCGAUGUCCGGUCCCUUGGUCGCUGCUCAGCCGUGUCCAAGCGCUUCAAUGCCCUCGUCCCUCUUGUCCACAAUGUGUAUGUUAAGAUUGAUCGUGUAGUGUCCAUCGAUGGUGACUCCUUCGACGCCUUAGACCUCUCCCUCCCCAAACCAAGAACCCUCUUUGCCCAUCUCUUAAAGCUCAUUCUUUUUGCCAUCCUCCAACCCUUACACUACCUUCAGAACAUUCAUGGUUGGAAUAAGCCCCUUCUGCCACAGCUCUCCCAUCACUCCCCUCGUCAAGUCCUCAAGAAUUUCACCCAUGUUCGCAACCUAAGGAUGGAGCUCCCUGCUGGUGAUGUCAAGACCGAGGAUGGAGUCUUCUUGAAAUGGAGAGCAGAGUUUGGAAGCACCCUUCAGAACUGUGUGAUACUGGGUGGAACCAUGAUGGACUAUAGACCUGCUUCGGCCAAUUUAGAGGGGGGAAUGGAAGACAAUGGAAGCAUACCCGAGUCGUUCUAUACGAAUGGAGGGCUAAAAUUGCGCGUCGUCUGGACUAUCAGCUCUUUGAUUGCUGCAUCGACGAGGCAUUAUCUUCUCCGUCAAAUCAUCGAGGAACACCCAACGCUGAGCAGCUUGAUCUUGACAGAUGCUGAUGGCCAGGGAACAUUGACCAUGGGAGUGGAGCAGCUGAAGGAGUUCAGGGAGAAACCAUUGGCAAUGUCAGCAUCAUCAAAUAGGACUCAGGUGCCAGCAUCAUACAUGAAGCUCAGAUAUGCUCCAUUCUUGGAGCUGCCCGAUGGAAUGGGAAUGCAAGGAGCUACACUAGUGGCUAUCAAGCCCGCCGGAGAGGGCACCAGCGGUGGCCAUUAUAGCAGGAAGGAAGCCGAGGCCUUUAUUUGUCGGGCGUUUGAUGAUCCACUCCAGGAUACAGUUAAGGCAUUGGUGAAAAACCGAACUUACCUCUUGGAGAUGAAUGGAUUCUAGCUCAAUUCUGCCUCUCGGGUCAGUUUUCCUACUACAGCUUGUACUGCUCGUUUACAUGAAACCAGUUGUAGAGUGCCAUUUCUACAGAAAUGAGAUCUCACUAGUUGCACUAGCUAUAAAUUUUUUUUUGUUGAUCUCUGUACAGUAAGGAUGCCUGGCUUUAUUACAAGUUAUUGUACACAAAUAGAUCUACUUGGCUUUAUGGAUGAUACCUCGAAUGCAUGUGGCUGCAAAAGAGCAUCUUCUGAGCUUUCUUUC